AUGAUCCAUGCCAUAGUUAACAAUGAUCCUGCUCUAGAAGAAUGGUUCUUAUCCUGCGUUUAUGGUACCCUUUAUGUCAAAGACCAGCCUUCCCAAUGGAACUAUAUCAAAAAUCUUAGGACUUCAGUUUCCAUUCCUUGGGCCCUUAUUGGAGACCUUAAUGUUACUAUGAACUUGUCAGAUGGAAACACUAGUUCCCCUAUUACUUCUCCUGAAGUUUUAAACCAUAUUAAUCAAUCUGAUUUGCAUGAUAUAAAUUAUAUAGGAAACCCUUUUACCUGGACUAGUAACAGUCAUGGCACAGGAAAAUUCAAAUCCAGAAUAGAUAGAGCUCUAGUAAAUAGUGACUUCAUUCUAAAAUAUCCUGAUGCUACUCUUACUCAUCUAGGACAACUUGGUUCCGAUCAUGUUCCUAUUAUGUUAUCUCUUUAUAGCAUUAAUAUGUCUAAAGGUAGAAAUUGGAAGUUCUUUGAACACUGGAUGCAGAGUGACUCUUGUGCUACCGAAAUUAUGAAUGCUUGGAGUUCUGACAUUACAUGA